UGCCCCAGGCACUUAGAGUCCUGGCUGGGAAAGGUGAGUUGAUCCAGUGGGGGCUCCUGGAAUCAGGAUCAGCAGCCUGAAUAGGAGGCGCCCCAACCCUCAUGUCAUCUGGAGAAAAACUGGACCCGCUCCCUGCAGCCUUCAUCCUGCAGCCGCCAGUCUUCCACCCGGUGGUUCCUUAUGUCACAACAAUUUUUGGUGGCCUGCGUGCAGGCAAGAUGGUCAUGCUACAGGGAGUAGUCGCUCGCGAUGCACGCAAGUUUCAGGUGGACUUCCAGUGCGGCUGCAGCCUGCAUCCCCGGCCGGAUAUCGCCAUCCACUUCAACCCUCGCUUCCACACCACCAACCCCCACGUGAUCUGCAACACCCUGCACCAUGGGCGCUGGCAAGCAGAGGCCCGGUGGCCCCGCCUGGCCCUGCAGAGAGGUGACAGCUUCCUCAUCCUCUUUCUCUUUGGAAAUGAGGAGAUGAAGGUGAGCGUAAAUGGGCAGCACUUUCUCCACUACCGCUACCGGCUCCCGCUGUCUCGGGUAGACACCCUGGGCAUAUUUGGGGACAUCUUGGUGAAUGCCCUUGGAUUCCUGAACAUCAACCCAUUUGUGGAGGGCGGCAGCGAGUAUCCAGUUGGACACCCUUUCCUGCUGAAGAGCCCCCAGCUGGAGGUGCCCUGCUCGCGUGCCCUUCCCCGGGGUCUCUGGCCCGGACAGGUCAUCAUAGUGCGGGGGCUGGUCUUGCCAGAGCCAAAGGACUUCACACUGAGCCUGAGAGAUGAGGCUGCCCACGUUCCAGUGACACUCAGGGCUUCCUUCGCAGACAGAACUCUGGCCUGGGUCUCGUCCUGGGGACGGAAGAAGCUAAUCUCAGCCCCCUUCCUCUUCUACCCCCAGCGAUUCUUCGAGGUUGGUCAAAGACAAGUUGCCUCGUCCCUCUGUCCCUCAGGCGUGGAGCAUAGAGCUGCAUUCCCAUCCUGGAGACUGGGAGUCACUGGGGGUUUGGGGGAGCCAGAGCCUGCUGGGGUAGAGAACACCCAUGCCAUGGCUCUCAACCCUCCACAUUGGCACCAAGGAUCCCACAACCAGAAACCUAGAUUUAAUUAAUCGGGCGGGCCCUGGCAACAGCAUUAUUAAAAAAAAAAAAAUACCCUAAUGACUCUCCAAUGUGCAGCCAGGGUUGAGAACCACUCCUCCAGGGGAAGCAACCCCUGUUAGAGUUGGUGAAACUGAGGCCUAGGGCUGGGAAGAUCCUUGUGGAAGGUCAGAGUGGGCUGGUGACAAGCAGGGCCCCUAGUCCUGUUCUUUUCUACCACGUUCAUCUAGUGUU